GCCCCUCGCCAUGAAGCGGCAGAACCUGCGCACGGCCGCGCUCAUCCUCUGCAUCUUCUCCUACCUGCUGGUGGGCGCCGCCGUCUUCGAUGCGCUGGAGUCGGAGGCGGAGAGCGGCCGCAAGCGGCUGCUGGAGCAGAAGCGCGGGGAGCUGCGGAGGAAGUACCGCUUCUCCGCCGACGACUACCGGGAGCUGGAGCGGCUGGUGCUGCAGGCCGAGCCGCACCGCGCCGGCCGCCAGUGGAAGUUCGCCGGCUCCUUCUACUUCGCCAUCACGGUCAUCACCACCAUCGGCUAUGGACACGCUGCCCCGGGCACGGACGCCGGCAAAGUGUUCUGCAUGUUCUACGCCAUCCUGGGCAUCCCCCUGACGCUGGUCAUGUUCCAGAGCCUGGGCGAGCGCAUGAACACCGUCGUGCGGCUGCUGCUCAAGAAGAUCAAGAAGUGUCUGGGCAUGAGGACAACCCACGUCUCCAUGGAGAACAUGGUCCUCGUGGGCUUUCUGUCCUGCAUGGGCACCCUGUGCAUCGGCGCCGCGGCCUUCUCUUACUUCGAGGGCUGGACUUUCUUCCACGCCUAUUACUACUGCUUCAUCACCCUGACCACGAUCGGCUUCGGGGACUUUGUGGCUCUGCAGAAGAACGAGGCUCUGCAGAAGAAGCCCCCGUACGUGGCUUUCAGCUUCAUGUACAUCCUGGUGGGCCUGACCGUCAUCGGCGCCUUCCUCAACCUGGUGGUGCUGCGGUUCCUGACCAUGAACUCGGAGGACGAGCGCCGGGACGCCGAGGAGCGAGCCUCGCUGAGGAGAGCCCGCAACAACAUCCACCUCAAGCCCAAAGAGGACAGCCGGAGCAGCAACGCCAUUUUUCUCCCCGCGGAGGACAGGACGAGCCAGAUGAACCUGAUCCCGCUGGUGCAGGAGGACGCGGAGAGGCAGCGGCGCCAGUCGGCCAACUCGGCGGCCGCGGUGCCCUCCUUCUGCACGUGCCUGUGCUACAGACCCCAGGUGUGCGGCAGCCCCGCGCCCUCCCACCCCGAGACCCUGAGCUGCCACACCAACCCCGUGUACUACAACUCCAUCUCCUACAAAAUCGACGAGGUGUCCCUGAGCACGCGGGGGCAGACGGGCUCUUCCCCGGGCAGCACUUUGUCGUCCAGCAGCCCUCGCUGCCGGCAGCACCCCCGGCUGCGGAGGAAAUCCAUCUAGGAGCGCGUGCCGGGCUGCGCUCGGCGCUCCCAUCUUACCACGAUGAUAAAUUAAGAACAGAGAUGCCAGGUUCUUCUUACUCUCUCAUUUCUUCUGCUCCUCUCCCCUCUCAGCUGGCAGCCGGCCCCACGCAGGGUCCGGCAGGAGCCUUUAGACCCUGUCGAGAAAUAAGCACUCCUUGCGUGCGGGCACUGAAUGACGUCGUUAGUUCUCCUUUGCUUUUUCCUCCCAAGUAGGUUCAGGCAUUUGGGUGUGGCAAGAGCCCCCCUGGUGUGAAGCCCUGCGAGCUGUAGGUUUGCUUUCCCACCUCCCUGCUCCCCAAAGGGGGCAUUGCUGCUCUCCCCCCCUGCCAAACCUUGGCUGUGGCUGCUGCCAGCACGUGGCUCCUGCUCCAUGGCAUGGGCUGCACUUGCUGAGAGUACCAAAAGCAGGGCCCACGUGAGCCCUGCGGGGCUGGGGACCUUUUAAGCUGUCCCCUGACCGUGGGUGCAGGUAAGUCAGUGCCAUGCAGUAGGUUUGCAGCUGGUGGGUGGGCAGGAGGGAAGGGAGUGUGGUCCUGCAGCUCAGCACGAGGGGAUGGCUUCAUGGAGCUGCAUCUCCCAGUCCUUCAGGCCUGAGCUCAGGUUUGUGGCUGGCUCAGUGCUUCUGGAGGCCCAUGCACUCACCCACUUGCCCCCCAGCACACCGUACCUCUUACACCUGUCUGCCACUGGCAGGUCCGGAGCUGGCUGGUGGGACGCUGUGUCCCACUCGCAGGGGAAGCUGAACUCCUGCAGUCCAGCCCAGCCCAGCCCAGCCCAGCCCUCCUCUGCAGAGCCCACACUGUGCUAAGGGCAGCCCCAGGGAGAGCCUUCCUGAACCAC